ACGCGUGGGGGGCGGCCGGGGGCGCGCCAAGAUGGCGGCGGGACGGCGGCGCGAGCCGGCAGCCUCCGCCUGACGGGCAGGGACCGGCACCGGCACCGGGGGGCGGCACCGGGGGGCGGCCGGGGCCAUGGAGGGCGGCGAGCUGGGCGCCGACGGCAUGGACACGCUGACGGAGCUGGGCGACGAGCUCACGCUGGGCGACAUCGACGAGAUGCUGCAGUUUGUCAGCAACCAGGCGGGGGACUUCCCGGACCUGUUUUCGGAUUCCUUGUGCGGCACCUUCCAGGGCGGCGGCGGCACCACCACCACCAGCAGUAGCAGCAGCAGUGGCAGCGGGACCCUGGACCCUCCGCGCCCGUACGGCCAGGCGCCCCUGCAGCCCUUCCCACCGCCCGCCGCCUCCCCGCAGCUGCAGAGCGUCCAGGUGAAGGUCCCCCCGCAGCGCCCGGCGCCGCUGCUCCAGCCCCGGCCCCAGCUCCAGCCGCAGCUCCAGCAGCAGACGGUGAUGAUCGCCCCGACGUUCAGCUCCGCUCCCCAGACCAGGAUCAUCCAGCAGCCCGUCAUAUACCAGAACACAGCCACGAGUUUUCAAGUCCUCCAGCCUCAGGUGCAGAGCCUGGUGACGUCCUCGCAGGUGCAGCCGGUCGCCAUCCAGCAGCAGGUGCAGGCGGUGCAGGCGCAGCGCGUGCUGACGCAGGCUGCCGGCGGCACCAUCCAGACGCUGGCGCCGGCCACGGUUCAGACGGUGGCUGCGCCGCAGGUCCAGCAGGUCCCAGUUCUGGUCCAGCCCCAGAUCAUAAAGACGGACUCCCUCGUCUUGACCACCCUGAAGGCGGAUGGCAAUCCCGUUAUGGCUGCGGUGCAGAAUCCAGCGCUCACAGCGCUCACCACUCCUAUUCAGACCACAGCUCUGCAGACCCUCGUUGGGAGCAAUGGGACCAUUCUGACCACAAUGCCAGUGAUGAUGGGGCAAGAAAAGGUGCCUAUCAAACAAGUUCCAGGGGGAGUCAAGCAACCAGAACCACCUAAAGAAGGAGAGAGGAGAACAACUCACAACAUCAUUGAGAAGCGUUAUCGGUCAUCUAUAAACGAUAAGAUCAUUGAGCUGAAGGACCUCAUUAUGGGGACAGAUGCCAAGAUGCACAAGUCUGGUGUCCUGCGAAAAGCCAUUGAUUACAUUAAAUAUCUGCAACAGGCCAACCAUAAACUGAGACAGGAGAACAUGGUUCUGAAGCUGGCUAACCAGAAAAACAAGCUGUUGAAGGGCAUUGACCUAAGCAGUCUGGUUGAUAAUGAUGCAGACCUGAAGAUAGAUGACUUCAACCAGAAUGUUCUCCUGAUGUCUCCUCCGGCCUCUGACUCGGGAUCCCAGGCUGGCUUCUCUCCCUAUUCCAUCGAUUCAGAGCCAGGAAGCCCACUGCUUGAUGAUGCAAAGGUUAAAGAUGAGCCUGACUCUCCUCCUGUGGCCCUUGGUAUGGUGGACCGCUCUCGAAUCCUCCUCUGUGCCCUCACGUUCCUGUGCCUCUCCUUCAACCCUCUAACGUCCCUUCUGGAUGCCCGAGGAAGCCCAGAAUCUGACAGCCUCGUGCGCCACGGCUCUGGCAGGAGCAUGCUGACCAUUGAGUCAGACGCCGGCGGGUGGUUUGGCUGGAUGAUGCCCACGCUGAUCCUGUGGCUUGUGAACGGAGUGAUUGUCCUGAGCGUGUUCGUGAAGCUCCUUGUGCACGGAGAGCCGGUGACCCGCUUGCACUCGAGAUCGUCGGUCACCUUCUGGAGGCACCGCAAGCAGGCAGACCUGGAUUUGGCACGGGGGGAUUUCGCUGCAGCGGCGUCGAACCUGCAGACCUGCCUGUCGGUCCUGGGCCGAGCGCUGCCGGCUUCCCGCCUGGACCUGGCGUGCAGCCUGUCGUGGAACGUGAUCCGCUACAGCCUGCAGAAGCUGGCGCUGGUGCGGUGGCUGCUGAAGAGGACCUCUCAUCAGUGGCGGGCCAGGGAGGCCACGGCGGGCUCUGAGGACGAGGCCAAGACCAGCGCUCGGGAUGCAGCUCUAGCCUAUCACAAGCUCCACCAGCUCCACAUAACAGGUAAACUUCCCUCCAGCUCCGCUUACUCUGGCUUGCACAUGGCCCUGUGCGCCGUGAAUCUGGCCGAGUGCGCGGAAGAAAAGAUCCCCCCCAGCACCAUGGCUGAAAUCCACCUGACGGCUGCCGUUGGCUUGAAGACCCGCUGCGGGGGCAAGCUGGGCUUCCUGGCGAGCUACUUCCUGAGCCAAGCUCAGAGCCUGUGCAGCUCGGAGCGCAGCGCCAUCCCUGACUCGCUGCGUUGGCUGUGCCACCCCCUGGGACAGAAGUUUUUUGUGGAGCGAAGCUGGACGGUGAAGUCUGCUGCCAAGGAGAGCCUGUACUGCACCCAGAGGAACCCUGCGGAUCCCAUUGCACAAGUUCAUCAGGCGUUUUGUGAGAACCUGCUGGAGAGAGCUGUGGAUUCACUUGUGAAACCUCAGACUAGGAAAGAGGUGGUGGGCCAAGAGGAGGAGGAACAGUGUGAGUUCUCCAGCGCGAUGGAGUACCUGAAAUUGCUCAACUCUUUCCUGGACUCAAUGGGAAGUGGAGCACCGCCCUUUGCCAGCAACUCUGUGCUCAAGUCAGCCCUGGGCCCGGACGUGGUGUGCAGGUGGUGGUCGGCAGCAGUUGCUAUGUCAAUCGGCUGGCUCAGAGGGGACGACGCAGCUGUGAGGUCACAUUUCACAGAAGUGGAGCGCGUGCCGAAAUCCCUGGAGAUAUCCGAGAACGCCCUGGUGAAAGCCACCUUCCACCUGUGCAAAGCCAUGCAGGCCUCGCUGUCGGGGAAGGCGGACGGGCAGCAGAGCUCGCUGGGUCACUGCGAGAGGGCCAGCAGCCACCUGUGGAACAGCCUGAACGUGAGCAGCGGCGCCUCCAGCACCGCCCUCAGCAACGUGAUCCAGCUGCUGGCCUGCGACCUGCUGCUGUCCCUCCGCACCAGCCUGUGGCAGAAGCAGGCGAGCAGCAGCCAGGCUCUGGGCGAGACCUACCACGCCUCGGCCUCCGAGCUCACCGGCUUCCAGCGGGACCUCGGCAGCCUGCGCAAGCUGGCCCACGGCUUCAGGCCCGCGUACCGCAAGGUCUUCCUCCAUGAGGCCACCGUGCGCCUGAUGGCGGGGGCCAGCCCCACGCGCACCCACCAGCUGCUGGAGCACAGCCUCCGGCGCCGCACGCCCCAGAGCAGCAAGCAAGGCGAGCUGGACGCGCUGCCGGGACAGAGGGAGCGAGCCACGGCCAUCCUGCUGGCCUGCCGCCACCUCCCGCUCUCCUUCCUCUCGUCGCCCGGCCAGCGUGCCGUCCUGCUGGCCGAGGCCGCGCGCACCCUGGAGAAGGUGGGGGACAAGCGCUCGUGCAACGACUGCCAGCAGAUGAUCGUCAAGCUCAGCGGGGGCACGGCCAUCGCCGCCUCCUAACGCCUCGCCAACCCCCAGCCCGGACUUCUCGGAGUUGAAAAAUGAAUUGGGGGAUAAAGAGGGGGGAAGAAGGGGGGGGGGGGGCAGGAAAAAAAAAAAAAGCAGUGCUAGGUUAGGGCUGUGCCAGUGGGAUCACGCCGGGGUGGGAGCAGGAGGGCAUUUUUUUUUUUUUUUAAUCUUGCCCCAGGUGCAGCUUUAUUCGCACUUGCGCUUGCCUGGGGCACCGCAGCGGGGCUGGGGCUGGCGGCAGCUUGGUGGCGGUGCUGGGGCUGUGCCCCCCUCCUCAUGCUGUGUGCGUGGGGACCUGGCACUGAGCUGAGCCCCCAGCCCCACUGGUGUGCUCCAGGAGCAUCGCCUGAGGCCAGCACUGCCUGGCGGGUUUCUGUACUGUUUUUAUACCGCUUUUUUUUUUUAUAGGAGUGUUUGUGACUUUACCAAAUGUAGGGAACGAUGCAGCAGACCUCCCUGUUUUUGGCAGGGGCUGGGUCUGCGGCCAGCUGUGACAAGCAGAGUGCUGCUUAGGGCCCCCCUGGGUGCCUGGAGCUGGGUGGGGGCUGAUGAAAUGAGCUCUGCUCACCCCCUGAGGUGUCUGUGUGCCUUUUGGUUGAUGCGGAUUGAACUUUUAGAAACAGUUAAUUUUAUUCAAUUCCCCAUCUCACAACUCACCCCUUCCCUCUGCCCCCUGUCCAGCAGCUCCUGAGCCUGCGCAGGACUGGGAGGCAUGGCUGGGGCUGGGUGGCUGAAGCCCCUUCCCACCUGCAAAUAGGAAAUCUGCCCUCAGCAGGUGUGCAGCGCCCUUUCCCCACGCACAUCCCUGCUGGAGGAACGUUUCCCACCCGGGCAUGUGCAGUGUUCCCCCCAGGUGUGGGGAGCAUGCAGCGCUGCCUUCCUCCCCGUCCACCUGGGGCACCCCGCUUUGUCCCUGUGAAACCCAGCCCCGGGUUUCCCUCUCAGUGCUCCUGCUGGGGGGUGGAUCGCACCCUCCUGCUCCUCUCGGUCUUCCUGAUCCUGUUUUUUUUUUUUUUUUUUUUUUUUUUUUUUUUUUUUUUUUUUUACUAAACCACAGCAGCAGCUCUUCACCUGUAGUGACCUCCCCCUUAUUUCCCAGUGCCCCGGGUCUGCCUGCAGCAUGGGGUGGUUUUGUACUUCAGUAACCGGCGCAGAGAAGCUGAGGGAAAGAGCUGCCCUCGGCCUUCCUCUUGUCCCUUACCCCUGAGUGGGGCCGGGGGCUGCCCAGCACUUUCCCCCCGCUCCGGGGGCCUUUAUGCCCUGUUUUUCUACUCUUUCCAAACUCGCUGCCCAUCGGUUUUUUAUAUGUGUGUGUGUAUGUGUAUAUACUGUAACUCGUUGUUUGCGGGCAGGAAGGAACCAGUACGGAGGAGGGGAAGGAAGCCUGUUUCUCCACCUGGAGGCCAGAGCAGUGAGAUGUGUGGUGGGGGGCUCCCAGCUCUGGGCCCCAUGCACAUCCAUUUACUGAAUAAAGUCGAGUGUCACCA